AUGGCGCAUGCCGACGUGGACUCUUCCGCUCAUAGCGUGGACAUGGUUGAAGAAGUGCAAGAGUCGCUUCCAACUUUGCUGACGCACGGAGGUCCUCUGACUGCAGCCACCAUUGGCAAGACGGAGUCUGCCCCCAUUCAAGAAUUCAUGGUGACUGAAGUACAAAAGGAAUUAUUCGCGGACAUUAAGCAGUCUCGCUUCUACUCCCAGCUUCACUGCGGGGCUUCGAUGGCGGAAAAGGCAAUGGAGUUGCGCCGCCGUCAUUUUCAGCAGGUGGGUGCUCAGGUUGGCAUUGACAGUGAGGGCUGGCCCACGGUUCUUCCAAAGGCCAUGCGUCAGCCGGGCAGUGAUAGUCUGCUUUCUUCCAAAGAUUCAAUGAUUGAGAUAGAACAGUUUCAGCGCAGCAGCGUUUUUUUCUGCGGCCUCCUCGGUGGCAUGCUCCAAAAUGUGUAUGAUGCAGGGAUCUGCUGUAGUGCGCUAUUUACAUUUGCAUCUGCUUGCUGCACUGCAGACAGAGCUGAUGAAGAGCUUCUCCGAUCUGCCACUUUGGAUGACUUAUUCUUUAAUGAAGUUUUCAACAAGCAUUUUGGAGCGACCCUGCUGCGUGGUCCCAAUCCGCAAGAGGACACAUUUGAUGUAGAAGACGCAGUUGUUUGUGAUCUCCAAGAAUCCUUGAGCUUUGAGGUGCAGAAGGGCCAGCUGUAUCACCCUUGCAGGGUCUUUCUCCGGCAGGACAAACGGUUUGGUCUUCUGGCUGAGGCAAUUGUUAUCAGCCCCGCGGGACCCUUGGAGCCUGAGCAUCCUGAGCCCAGGGUUUUCCGAAAAGGGACUUCCGGUGCAGAUGAGUGGCUCUGGGCUAAGCGCAUAGCUGUCGCUGGUGCCGUGCAGCGCCACCAGUACCAGCAGCAUAUCGUGAACGGCCACAUGGUGAUGGAGACUUUUGUUGCGCUUGCCUACAGGCAUCUUUCGCCAGACCACUAUGUCUUCAAGUUGCUUGAGCCUGUCAGCGGGGACAUCGCCUUUGUAAACCAGACCUGGGGUGGUGACCUUCUUUACGGGCAUGGCGGUUCGCGUUAUGACACCUGUGUGCGAUGCCUCACACCACAAUCCAUAUUCUCCAACGAUGGACUUCGUGCGCAGAUCAUGUGGUCCAAAGAGGCUUUCGAACCAACGUCAUGGUUUUGGUUUGACAGGGACGGCUACAUGAAUGGAGGGUGUGGAGUCAAGGAGUCCACGGUGUUUGCGUUUCGCGAUGCCAUUCGGUUGAUAUUCAAUGCAACAUUGAAGUGGGCUAGUUCUGUGAUCGAUGUGUGUUGGCAGGAAGCGGAUGAAGCACUGGAGUCUUGGUGGCAGGCUCUCUGGUGGAAACAGAUGGAACCCGCCAAGCGAGACCUCUCUCGAGACAAUCUGGCUCACCUGAUGGCAACCUGCAUCGUUCAGGCGACGUUCGUGCAUGAUCGAGCUCAUGAAUCCUGGCUUCCCGACAACCAUUCGCGGCUCUUGUGGGGGUUGAGUGACAGGGCUGGUGACAGCAAAGAUCCAAGGGCUUACUUCCCAACGGCGGCUAGGCAGACUAGCUACCGUCUAGGGCUCAUGGCGUUGAAUUCCAGAUACUCCAACCUUGAAAGCCCAUUGCUUUCUUACCGAAAAGUCUUCCAAGAAGAGCGGCUGCAGCAAGCCUUGAAGCUCUUCGAAGACAGCCUGGCUCGCAUUAUUUUGGUCACGCCCUAUCUGAAGUCCAUAGGCAGUAUGUCACACUGA